UGAUGGAUUUAUAACAAAAAUUUCGAUUUUCUAUUUCACUUUUCUCAAAUAUCUUGUUAAAAUAGCAUAGAAUGUGAAAGUAAAAUAUUUUUAUAUGUACAGAGAAUGGUCAUACACAUGCGAGAAGUUGCAAAUGUUACGUCAUAUUAGGUGGUAAAGGAGGUCGUUGAGACCGAGGGAAAGUAUUAUGAAUCGAGUAUUUGGUUCAACGAGUUAUAAUCAAUAUGUAUAUUUUUUUUCAAUUUCAUUCAUGUCUAUUAUUUAUUGUAUUGCUAUUUUAAAUUAAAAGUAUUUUACUGUCGACUAAAGUGAUUCGCAUUGCCAUUAAAAUGGAUCAAUUACUAAUAAAUCAACAGUUACGAAUGAUACUAUCAUUUGGUAAUUUAAUAAGCAAUUUGUACAGCGACAUGUCAAAUCUAACAAAUAGAAAGUGGUCAAUCGCGUGCUCGCUAGUGGAAAAUCGAUUGCAUAAAAAGAUAGUUCUUCUGUUAUAAUAACAAACUGGAAAACAUUUCUCGAUUCGUAAAAGGAAACGCUAGAAAUCGGAAGAAACGCUGGCAAAAAGAAAAGAGGUAUCAAGCGGAAAGGUAGGAGGAAGAAGAAAAAAAAGUAAAAGACUAAUAGUUUCCCUCAGACGCAACGAACAUUCGUUGAAGAAAUCAAAUGAAAGAUGCAACUCGUCUUGUUAAAACGCUUGAUCUUAAUUUUUGGAUUGAUCAUUUUUUGGAUUAUAGAAGUUAAGCAUGCCAUAAAACUUGCCGAAAGAAAUCGAGCAAUGCUGCGCCGAAUAAGAGUUGGUCGUGAAAAUCUUAAACCUAAAAUUUGUUAUGACUUAGUUGGCUGCUUUGCGGAUCCACCGCCUCAUUUAAGAUUGAAAAGACCACCAGAACAUCCUAAAGUAAUUCAAACAAGAUUUCUAUUGUAUACUCGUUCAACCCGAGAAUCACCUAAAAAUCUUCACUAUGAUGACGAUUCUACAUCUAUGCUCCAACCGGAAUUUAAUUCCACGAAAUCUCUAAAAGUUAUAAUACACGGUUACAAAGGAAGUGGUAGCGAUGUCGGUGCGAUCCUCUUGGUGCAGGCAUUUUUGGACAUUGAAGACACAAACGUUUUAGUACUUGAUUGGACAAGAGGAGCUGGAACGACUUAUUCGGUUGCAGUUGCGAAUACGGAACUUGUAGGACGACAAUUAGGUCUGAUCCUUCUAGACAUUAUCAAUAUGGGUACUCUGGUCGAAGAUAUUCACGUAAUUGGUUUCAGUCUCGGAGCUCAUGUGGCCGGUUGUGCCUCGGAGAUUCUUAAAAAGAAAAAUCUUCUCUUAGGUCGUAUAACUGGCCUAGAUCCAGCAUCACCAUUUUUCAGAAAUCACUUGUUAAGAGAAAAGUCGAGGAAAUUGGAUGCUACCGAUGCUCAAUUAGUAGACGUGAUUCAUACAGAUGGAUCCGAAGAUUUUGCAGAUGGAUUUGGACUUCUGAAACCAAUUGGUCACAUUGAUUUUUUUCCAAAUGGUGGUAGAGAACAACCUGGUUGUAAUGAUGUGAAAAAUUCUGUUGUUGUUAGUCAUUUAAGAGAAGAUAUGUUAACUAAAGAAAUUGCUUGUAGUCACUUAAGAGCUUGGACAUACUUUUUAGAAAGUGUACGUACAACAAAUGAAUCUUGUAAAUUUAUCGCCUGGCCUUGUUCCCAAGGAAGAAUGUCAUAUAUGAAUGGGAUGUGUUUUCCUAUGGAAUCCACGUUAUGGACGCAAGAAAUGGGCUAUCGAGCCGAUCAUGGUCCUUUAGGAAUUUAUUAUUUACCCAUGAGAGAACAAGAACCAUUUUGUGGUGAACCUGUAAGAGCAUCAGUGACAACUUCAGAAGAGGCGCUAAAGACAUCAGGAGUAUUAUUUUUAAAGAUUAUGGAACACAAUUCAACAAUAAAUUUCAGAUUUCGAUAUCCGAUAUUGACUCGAAAAAAUAAAGGGAUGACUUUUUAUAAUAUUGGUGCAGCAAAAUUUCAAUCUUUAUUAAAAGAUCGAUCUACACUAAAAGCACGUAUUUGGUAUCAAAAGGAUAAAAAUGAAAAAAAUGAAGAUUCAGUUAAAACUAUUAAUACGGAUAUAUUGUUAAUAGAUAAAGUUACUCUUGAAGAUAGGAAAGGCAACAGAUGGGAAUAUUGCUCUCGAAACACUGUAAUAAAUUUAGAAGAAAAUUUCAUACUACUUCAACGUGAUUAAUAUUCUUCAGUUAAUAUAUAAAAAAUAAAUUGUAUAAAUUUUUAUUCGUAUAAAAUAAAGAGUGAGAUUUGUUAA